AAACCCAUAUCCCCUGCAUUGGCAGGUGGAUUCUUAACCACUGCGCCACCAGGGAAGUCCCUGUAAAAGCCCAUUUUUAGACCCUAAAGGAACCACAGCCUCCACUUUAAGAACCCCAGACUGAGAAGCUAAUUUAGGAACUAAAGGAAAAAAAAAUGUCUUUUGGGGAUUAAAGGCUCAAAGAAUCUAUCUGAAAAUCCAGAAGCAGGAGGGAAGUAAGCUCAGGGCAGAGCCCUUCUCUGGACCCUCCGAAUGUGCUGUGGUAACUCGAGUGUGCUACCGGCCACGACAGCUUGCUGAGUUAUUCUAAGUUUAAAUUCCUAUUUGUGAGCAAAAUUUUACAAAGAGGCCUCUAGUCUUCACCUGGUCUCUGCCUACUGCAGAAUGCUGGGACGUACCAGGCCUGCCCAGGAUGCACUCAGAAGGCUUGGCAUCUCUUUUCUUAGUUCUCCACCUUCAAAUGGCCCAUGAUGGCUUUGUGUCAGCAUCAGCUUAGUUGUCUAAGUUGUUGUGACAGCUCAGACGUGUCUGUAUUCAACGUUUCACUCUGCUUUGGGGACCUGCCUAGGGUGUGGCCAUCUGAGUUUGCGCAGUCUUCAUUUCUGAAAGUGCCUCUUAAACGGCAAUUGUCUUUUGACUCUCCUGUGUUGACAGCUGGCUGGAGACUGUCGCAGUCUGUAAAACAGCUGCCUGAUCAGGAUAAAGAGGAUUUUUGAUCGAUGCUUUCAUUUUCCGAGAGAUCCUCUUAGGCCCCUAGAUUAUAGGAAGAAAAAAUGCACUGGCAUUCUGCUUUCAAAAAUGAUUUCUAAUUCAUCCCUUCCUUGAAGUGAAACAGGAAAUAAAGAAUUUAAAACCCCAAUUCUAAGUUGAUAGUGGAUGCAUGGAAACAGCACUGGACUACAAUCCUGCUGGCUGACCCUUGGUGUGGUUAAGAAAGGCAGCUCUGGCCUGUGCUGGGCCUCAGCUUCCUCGUCUAUAAUGAAGAUAUUGGAUUUCACGAGCUUCCACAUCAGGGCCAGCCGUGUAAGAGAUCCUCCCUUGAAAAGAACACGCCACUCCCACCCCUACACCACACACACCCAAACGGUAAAACUUCGUUACAUACACACACAUCCCUAAAACAAUCAAACUUUUUCAUUGUACUAUAUUUUGCUUUACCAGUUUAUCCCUUGGAAAAUAGUUUUGUACCUAUUUUGUAAGUUGAAUGCUCGUCCCUCAUUUUGUCAGGUGACAGUGUUUCGGGGGAGAGAAAAGGGUGUUCUGCUCUAAAACUUUAUCAGCAACCAAGUUCGACAGGGCAGCCUGACAGGGCCUCUAGUCUAGAAAUAAUGAGGGGGCAGGGGGCCGCCUUAUGAGAGAAAAAAAAUCCCAAACACCCUACGACAUGCAGAAACCUAUUGUCUCCUUCUCCCAAUAGAAAGUAAACCCUUGGGUCCAGACCUUUUUUAAUUCAUGGCUGUCUCUAAUGCCUACAACAGUGCCUGGCACAUAGCAGGUGUUCAGGAAAUAUUUGUUGACUAGAUGGGGACAGGUAUUAGCGCUUCAACUUUGUCCAUUUUUUUUUUUUUUUGGCUGCAUCACGUGGCAUGCAGGAUCUUAAUUCCCCAACCAGGGAUUAAACCCUCACCCCCUGCACUGGAAGCACGGAGUCUUAACCACUGGACCACCAGGGAAGUCCCAGCGCUUCAACUUUGAUGACUUGUAACUGUGCCCCUCUUCCCAUGGGAAAGAUGCCCUGAAGCAGGCCAGGGAGGCAUGGGGGUUCGAGGAGAAACAAACCUCCAGCUUUACUCCCUCCUCUAUGAGCCAUGAGCGUUUUGAGACUGAAUUUCAAAAAUCUCCAAGAGAGGAGGUAGAAAAAAAGCCUGUUCCAUUUUUCCCAGCCCACCUACCCCUUCUCCCCCCACCACCCCCCAUUAGUAGGGUCUUGUUGUGUUACAGUCCAUGCUUGCCCCAACAGACAUGACUCCUAAGAAUCCUAUCAUGAGUGAUUUGUAAAUGUAAGCAUCCUUGACUUAUCUAUUAUAUAAAUCCAGAUGUUUAUUAAAUGUUUAAAUCAAAAUUAUUUGUAUUAAGGGUAUAGAUCUCACAUCUUCAACAGUUUCCUGCAGUUAGUACAUCUUUGCUCAUACAUUGAAAGACUAUGAGGUUUGAACUAAAAACAUUUUUUAAAUGACUUGAAAUUCUCAUAGUUCUUUCAACAAUGUCUUCCUGAUACAAUAAACCACAGUGGAAGUGACUUUAACAAUGGUGGAUCAUUUUGGAUACAAUUUCUGUGUAAAAAAGACACAGAGUUUGAGUCUCUUUGGGAAAUCAGAUGCUAACUAGCCCCUAGAGCCCAGUAGCUGUUAUGAAAGCAGAGAAACGGUAGCCACCUCCCCAUUGGCCGGGGGGACUUACCCAGAUGUCUGGCUUUCACAUAAAAGACAGGAAGCACUGAAGUCAGUCUCCACUUCCACUCAAAGGGCAAAAGCAAAAACAGCAAAAAAGGAAGAUGGCAAGACUAUUGUUACUUUUCCUCCCAGGUCUUGUGGCCAUAUGUGCCGUGCAUGGAAUAUUUAUGGACAGACUUGCUUCCAGGAAGCUGUGUGCAGAUGACGAGUGUGUCUAUACUAUUUCUCUGGCCCGAGCUCAAGAAGAUUACAGUGCCCCAGACUGUAGAUUCAUUAACGUUAAAAAAGGGCAGUGGAUCUAUGUUUACUCAAAGCUGGUAAAAGAAAAAGAAGCUGGAGAAUUUUGGGCUGGCAGUGUUUAUGGCGAUCAACCUGAGGACGAGAUGGGAACUGUGGGUUAUUUCCCCAGCAACUUGGUCCAGGAGCAACACGUGUACCAAGAAGCCACCAAGGAAGUUCCCACCACGGAUAUUGACUUCUUCUGCGAGUAAGAAGUUAGACAAAUUUGCAGAUAGAAAGGAAACACCAAAAACAAAGAAAAAAGCGAAAAUAACCAAAAAAUACACGUCCCUAAUUUCUGACUUUUGUUUCAAGGGUUUCGCUUGGGGCUGGAGAUAGCAGAUAAAGGGGAGGGGAGGGGGGGAGGAGAGAGGAAGGAGGGGGAAAGGGCAGGGGGGAGGGGGUGUUCUCCGAGCCUGGUCUUCCCACCCACUGGGACAGGGUGACCUUUGGCUAAGUGGAUGAAUUGAAAGUAGACAAUUUUUUUCAGCCUAGAGAAUCUUCUCUUAAACAGGGAUCAUAUAGAAGGUAGUUCAUUUAUAGUUAUUUCUAAAUAGUAAUUCUUCUAAGCUCUUUGGAGCCCCAUAUAAACUUAGGUCAUAGGUCUUUUCUUCGGACAUGACGUUUUCUACUUAUUUGUCUCUCUGGCCAGUUGGAGUAUUAUAAUGUACACAAAGGGGCUAUGUCAUCAAGGAGUAUUCUAGGAUUGUUGUUGCUUUUAAUAUUUGAUGCCUUUGGGAUGUGAAGCUGUUGGGGAAGAAAAAGAGCUGUUUGGACUCAUAGAUGUUUGGACUAUGCCUCUAAAUUUCUCUUUAAAAAAAUGUCUCACAAAUUAUUUCAGUUGAAUCAUUUGACCUUCUAAAUGAUCAACUUACCUCUCCCCCAAUUUUAAAUAAUGUUAAAUUUUAAUUUUAAUAAAUUAAAAAAUUUAAAUUUUAGUAAGUGGUGGUAGGGUGCUUUAUGAAAUAUUUGCAGUGGAAUAGUUUCCCCUUAUUAUGUGCUGUUACUGGAUAUUAUUCAAUCUUCAAGUCGAAAUAUACAGAAAAAAAAAGUCUAUGGGUUAUUUUCUCCACUUCUAUUUCAACUUCGAAUUUCCUCUUCCUGUGCAAAUUCCCCCAUCAAGGGUGAUGUGUUAAGAAAUCUGGUGAGGGGAUACAGGUUUGGUGGUCCUGAUGGACCCACAAGUUUUUCUACAUUUAACUGGAAAUCGGCUUUGAUUGUGUAUUACUAAUAUAAUCCUUUUGAUGUAGUCAUGAGCUUUUGUUUGUUUACAUGUAAUGUAACAUGUUAAAAUGCCUGUACUACACUCAAAAAUUUUUUCACAAUUUCUGAGUUUAAAAAAUUUUUUUAAAAACACUUUCACCUUGAGGAAUAGAAAGUCUGGGAGGUGGGGGUUGGGAAUGGGGCUUGUUCCUCAGUUUUCUGGGGUCUGAGCAUCCCACAAUCAUGAAGAGAAGGGCAUUUAGGACAAGUUGGAGACUUGGACCCCAGAGUCAUUUUCCAGCUGUGCCCAUUGUGACUUUAGGUGAAUAUGUUUUUGCCAAACUCUUAGGGAGGUCAGUCAAAUAAAAUGGUACCCCGCCCCCAAGAAAAAGCCCCCAAACCCAAACCCACCUACUAUUUUUUUUCUAUCUCACUUUAUUCCGUACAAGAUUUCAUGCAACAUCUAGAGCUCUCAACACAAUUUUAAGCUAAGAGGCAUUUAUCCAACCUCUGUUUCUGCCUCUUACUUGCUGGCCCUCCAUUCCAGACACCCCAUCACCCCUCGAGAUACCCAGCACCCCCAUUGCACCCUCACUCUGUCCAAAGCCCCUAUUUGUCUGGCUUCAGGUAUCCAGCCUGGAGUGCCCCAGGCACACGGCUUCCAGCUAUAGGCUCCCUCCUGGCCCAAAUCUGCUCCCACCCCCAGGACUGGUCUCAUGUAGGAGUUCGAGGUCAUUGAUUGAUUUAAAUCUCCUAGGGGCUUAUCUGCAGUAAAAGAAUGAAAGCACUUGCAGGAACUUUAAACACCAUCUUUAGGCUCUGGGAAAGCAAAAUGCCAUCCCUGGACCAGUAGCAGAAUGGCCUCACCUGGAAGCUGAUUAGAAAGCAGAGUCUCAGGGCCCACUGCAGACCUUCUGAAUCAAAAUCUGCAUUUUAACAAGACCCUCAGGGAUUCAUGGACACAUGUAGGAAGGGAAAAACUUCCUUCUACUCUUCUAGGCUCUUUGGCUGGACAUAAGAGUUAAAACUGGUGUAGGACAGAUGAAUAGGGGAAAAGCAUACACAUUUAAUUCCAUAAGACUUCUGCUUAUGGAAGAAUAAGGAAACAAUACGGGGAGUGGACAUGAGUAGCGUAGACAAGUCGAUUCCAUGAGCCCACUUAGGGCAAGUGGGAGACUGCCUAGAGCAGGGCUACUCAGAGUGGGUACCAGCGCAGGACAAGGCCAGUACAGGAAGCCAUCGAAGGCGAAAAGAGUCAGGGCAUGGUGGACGCUGGCAGGCAAAAACCUGAAAUCUUGCUUAUGGGAUGUGUGGAAUUGGUGGCUCAGAAAAAUUGGGUGAUGAGAACAGAGCCCAGGGCACCAUGGAAGAAUGUGGGAUGUACAUGUCAGUGCCGCCGUUUCCUAUCUGUGCAUGCCUGAAUAUGGUUCUAACCUCUCGGGACCUCUGUUUUCUUGACUAUAAAAGGCCUUAGGGACUUCCCUGGCAGUCCAGUAGUUAAGACUCCACGCUUCCACUGCAGGGGGCUCAGGUUCUAUCCCUGGUUGGGGAACUAAGAUCCCGCAUGCCGUGCAGCACGGCCAAAAAAUAAAAGGGGUUAAUGACAACUUCGUGGCUGAGUUGUUGCAAAUUUUAAAUACAACGUGUGCACAGGGUCUGCACAUGGUAGGACCCCUACAUGGCAGCCACUAUUAUCUGACCCAGGAGGGCUGCAUGAGAAUGGCCAUCACUCCUGGAGUUGUGCUCUAACCCUCCAGAUGCUUCACUGAUCAGAAACUGCAGUUCCCCAUUGGACCAUCUGGAACGUCUACAUCAAAGAUAUUUGUAACAUUUUCCAGAUUGUAUACUUUUUCCUAGUUUCAUUUUUUUUUAAAAAAAUCACCUGAAAUUCUCAUAGUCCCAAGUCAUUCCACCAGCCAUUCAGGGAUAUGGUGUACAAUAUACGUGUAUAAUUUAGAUUUGAGAUCCCAGUUCUGGCCACAGCCCUUCAUCAACACCAGCAUGUGAGGGUCACCACACCUUCUAAAGAUCAACAUAUAUAAUUUGCUCACCCAUGAAACCUAGAGCCAGAUGGGCUUCAGCUGUAAACUAAUCGUAUUUAGGCUUGGCCAAGUAGGGUUGUCUCAUUUGUAUAUCGCCAUCCUAGCAGGGGUGUGAAUUACAAUGCCUCUUGGGAAAUCCAGCUCAGAAAGGGGGUGCCCCACCAGAGCGUGAGGACUUGGGGUCCGUACCUUGAUGGCACGCGCUGUAUCUGCAGAGCCGGAUGCUGUCUCUCUGCUCUCUGGAUGCUGGAAGUUCAGGUCUCUGGCCAGACAUUUUGACCCUCACUCUGUUGAGAGCCUUGUACAAGACCCAAAGCACAUGGCAGUGCAGGCAGCCACUGGGAAGAGAGAACGCCUCCUCGGAUCACAACA